AGGAGCAAGCAGAGUUAGAGGCAGGACAAAAGAAGUUAUAUAGAUGGCUAUAUGCAUAUAUUUUAAUGUUUUAGAAGGCGUGUAGUGAAAAAAAAAACAAAAGUAGCGAAUGUGGACAUGACGGCGUAAAUAUGGAGCCCUCUUUGAGCAAGAGGAAUUCGGCGAUAAGAUUAGCGGAUUUGGCAGCGACUCAACCUCUUCCUCAUCAGAAUAUGACAGGCUUCCCGGGGAUAGGGGGGCAUCACCCUCACUCCCACCAUGCCCACCUCCACCCUGGGGAGAUGGGCAACGACCCUGGAGUGGCUCUCACUCCAUUUGGACCAGAGCACAUGGCACAGACAAAUGCUCUAAAACUUAGUCCAUCGCAGCACAUUCAAAGCCAUCCCGAAGCCCAGACCGCGGCAUCUUUCCCGUCUUCUCAGACCACAGUUGGUUUCCCCGUGGCUCACCCCCACUCAGGCUACGCAAGCAGCAGGGACUUCAUCCUCAGGAGAGAGCUCUCAGCCUCUGCUAUGCAUGCUCUUGGCGACCAGCAUAGUUCCGCCUCCUCCCCUCAUCACCAUGGCAUGUUCAUUUCCCCAACAGGUGCUUACGGGCACACUGAAGGUGGUGCCCAUCCACUUUUCACGGGACUUCACGAGCAGGCAGCCCCAGGUGCGCAUCACCAUGCUCUCAACGGACAGGUGCGACUGGGUCUUCCAGGGGACAUCUACGGCCGGCCAGAACACUUCGGCCACAGGCCCGAGCACUAUGGACCUUCUCUACAUGGCUACAAUUCCAUGAACUUAAAUGUGAACCUCGCUUCAGCUCCUCAUGGAGCCACGGGGGCGUUUUUGAGGUACAUGAGGCAGCCCAUCAAACAAGAGCUGAUCUGCAAAUGGAUUGACCAGGAACAAACGUCUAAGAAGCCGUGCUCGAAAACUUUCAGCACCAUGCACGAGCUGGUGAACCACGUCACGGUGGAGCACGUCGGGGGACCCGAGCAAAGCAACCAUGUCUGCUUCUGGGAGGAAUGUCCGCGCGAGGGAAAAGCGUUUAAGGCGAAGUAUAAACUGAUCAACCACAUCCGAGUUCACACAGGAGAGAAACCGUUUCCUUGCCCUUUUCCUGGUUGUGGAAAAGUGUUUGCCCGCUCGGAAAACCUUAAGAUUCACAAGAGGACACACACAGGUGAGAAGCCUUUCAAAUGCGAGUUUGACGGCUGCGACCGAAAAUUCGCCAACAGCAGUGACAGAAAGAAGCAUUCCCAUGUGCACACCAGUGACAAGCCCUAUUAUUGCAAAGUGCGCGGCUGUGACAAGUCCUACACACACCCGAGCUCACUGCGGAAACACAUGAAGGUGCACUGCAAGUCUCCCCCGCCCCCUUCCUCCAGCUCGGCCGCCGCAUAUCAUUCCUCUUCUGCGGCGCUCGGUGACGCGCUCGCGCCCUCCACAGAACAGCAAAGGAGCCGCGCCGCCAACCUCUCCCCACAGGUCACCAACCUCAACGAGUGGUACGUAUGCCAGGGCAGCGCUGUACCGAACAAUCUCCACACCCCCUCCAGCGAUGUGCCAACAUCCGAAUCCGACGACGAGGACUCUUUUAGACAUUCAGACCCAAGGACGAUGCUCUGAUAUGAAUGAACAUGGGAUAUAUUUAUGUUACAUCCCUCCCACACAUCUGUAACUUUAAGUGUUUGAGGCAGUAAGCUACUCAGUAAAGUUGGGGGAAAAAACACGCAACAGCGCCGCGGAUGUCAGGUGGUGAAGAACAUGUGCCAUCAAUACAUACCUUAUCCUACCCUUACCCUGACCAACCCUUUGUCCUUAACUUGCGCAUAGCGCGUUCAUGUACCCCACUACCCUGAUACAUACUGAUCAACGCAUUAAUACCGUAGAAAAUUUGACAGUUGUUUUUUAUUUAAUGAUUUUAUUUAAUAACACACAAGGGGUGCAGCUCAUUAGCAAAACAGGAAAUCAUUUCAUACAUUUUGUUUUAAAUUGUGGACCAAGGUAUUCCCUGCGUUGCCGAAAGGACUGUGUGGGCUUUGCUGAUUAAGUCAUAUCCAGCCUAUUAAGUGACACCGCCAUUGUUCAAGUGAAACAAUAACCGGUGAUUGAUCUGUUUGUAUCAAUGACUGGACAGUUUUCUAUAGCUUAUGUUUCUCCCCAGAGGUCUUUUAUAGUGACGGGCUGAUGAAUAUUUGUGGGGCGAUUGUCCUUUAUUAAGUCUUUCUAUGAUGUAAACAUUCCUGAUGUUUUUUGCAGUGAGAAACAUGUUUAAACAGGCAUGUCUAUCACUUCUGUAAUGUCAGUACACUCUUAGAAAUAAGGUACUAAACUGUAUCUUUCUUUGUCGCUGUGGUGGUACACCUUUUCUUUUCUACAUUUAAAAUAUAUCUUUCACCUGGAGAUGUGCAUUUAUCGUACAUUUUAAAUAUUUUAUGCAGCAAUUAUGUAGCAAAAAAAAAGAAAUGUAUAUAAUUGGAGCCGAAUUACUUUUUAAAGUAAAGUUUCUAGGCUAGAUGCACCAUAGAUUAAAAAUACAUACUACAAUUGCAAAAGUUGUUCAUCUGAGGGUACCAUCCCAGCGACAUUUUCCCCUGAGUGUCUACUGAGGAGAAAUUGUUUAUUCUAGAAAGUGUUGAAUACUUGUUUUAAAAUUUAUACAAUAACUGUGGUCGGGAGAUUUUUUGUGGUAUUUAAGGACUAUUUAGACUGUAUUUUAUGCAAAAAAAAUCAAUGUAACUCUGAUUUAAGAGUGCGAAUAUGUCCUUUGAGACCCUAAAUUAUGUAAAGUGGACGGGCCUAUUCCCUGACGGAUGUAAAAAGGCUAAUAGUGUCGAUGCUUGUGAAUGUUGUGUUAACGUCCCAACCAGUUUUGUACAUUGUAAUUUAUUUGCUGGUAAUAAUGUUCGGUCUGAAAUUACAGAUACACCAAAGAAGAAUAUGAUUAAUUUUGGUGAAAUGUAGUGAUUUUUAUGGUGUUGUGUUUUAAAAAAAGUUUUACUUGAAUAGAUUUAGCCUAAGUGUAAUGUGAAGAGUCCCUCGCAUGCCCUGUGUAGUAAUUGUGUUUUUUUUAUUGCGGUGCAUGGUGCUGUUAAUUGUGCUGGGGAAAGAGUGAAGAGGAUUGUCAAGAUUUUUUGAUGUUCGUGAUGAAA